CCCCAUCACAUUCCACACACCAUCAUUCCUCUCUCUCUCAAACAAGCAACAUCAAAUCUAGGGUUAGGGUUAGGGUUUUUGGAAAAAGAUGAGUUCAGGUGCAGGAGCAGGUAAAGGCGGCGCAGGAAGAGGAAAGCCGAAAGCAUCGAAAUCGGUGUCUAGAUCUUCGAAAGCGGGUCUGCAGUUUCCUGUUGGAAGGAUCGCUCGUUUUCUUAAGGCAGGAAAGUAUGCUGAGCGUGUUGGUGCUGGUGCUCCUGUUUAUUUAUCUGCUGUCCUUGAAUAUCUCGCUGCUGAGGUGUUGGAGUUGGCUGGGAAUGCAGCAAGGGACAACAAGAAGAAUCGUAUCGUGCCUAGGCACAUUCAGUUGGCUGUGAGGAAUGAUGAGGAGCUGAGCAAGCUUUUGGGUCAUGUUACUAUUGCUAAUGGUGGUGUUCUUCCUAACAUUCACCAGAAUCUGUUACCUAAGAAGGCUGGCUCUGGAAAGGGUGAUAUUGGAUCUGCAUCUCAGGAGUUUUAGAUGUAUAUGGGGUUUGUGCUUUGUGGGAAGGAUUAGGAGAAAUGAGUAAAAUAUGGUUAUGUAAUAUAAAAAUAGUGUUUUGUAUUCUGACAUUCAAUGGUGUUAAAUGAAAAAUGGCAAUGGUCACCUGCAGUUUUGGUUA